AUGGCCCUGAACACCCCUUUGGGGUUUAGCGAAAACACCUGCUGCUGUGAGCCCCCGCACCUUUUUGCCCUCAUGGGCAAUAUGGCGCUGGCCCCGUGGCUACAAAAUUGCCUACAGGGUCCUGAAGACUACAGCAGCAGCAGCAGCAGCAGCAGCAGCUCGACGAGUUCAAUGACAGCAAAGCUGCCACAGAGCCUGCACGUUGAACUUGUGGGGCCCUCCACCCUCUCUACAAGAGAACAAACAAGCAGCAGCAGCAACAGCAAAACACUGUACGAGCGCUUUAAACACCAUUAG